CCACGUCCGUCAAACCAGAGCCCGUCUCCUCCCUGACAAAACCAACGAGGCCACCGCUCAGGGCAGCGGAGGCGCGACGCGCGAACCAGAGGAGAAGGGGGCGCGCCCUCGUCCUCAGCCCGCCGCCGACGCCGUCGAUUCGAGCUCUCCCUGCAACUGCAAGCUUGGAAUCUUGUUCGAUAACCCAGAAACCAUGUUCAAGAAGAAUGUUGAUGCAAAAGCUGUACAACGUUUGUCAGGCGCUGACAAAAAGAAGCUGAGAAGAACCGCCAAGCAAAGGUUUCCGCAAGCAUCUGAUGAUGAUCUGGAUGUCAUUCUUCCUCCAAAGGUUGAGAUAACAGUCGCUAAGUACCCAAGCCGGACUCUUGUUUAUGGCAUAGAGGGUGGAUUCCCAAUGCUAUUCGACAUUGAUGGAAGAGGCCAUGAGCUGUUUCCAACAGUUUAUGCACUCUGGAACGUUCCUCAUCUGUUGCCAGCUUUUACACUUAAGGGUGGUGAAGUUUCACACUUCAUUCUUGGUGGCGCUGAUCUUAUGUUUCCUGGUAUCAGCGUACCCCCAGAAGGAUUACCUUCUUUCCAAGCUGGCCAGCCAUGGUCAGUUAAAGUCCCUGGUAACCAUGCUCCAAUUGCUGUUGGGACAACAACUGUGAGCAAUACUGAAGCACUAAAGGCAGGAUUACGUGGCAAGGCUUUGCGGAUUGCACAUUACUAUAAAGAUUUGUUAUGGGCUUCUGCGGAUGGUCGUUAUGUCCCAAAUGAAGGAUUUUAUGAUGACAUGGUUAUUGAAGAUCCUAAUUUUGCUUCCGCUUCUCAACAUAUUGACUCUUCCGAAGACCCUUCAGAAGCAAAGCAAGACAAAGCAGCUGUUGAUGUGUCGGAGUGUCGUACUGAAGAUCUUGCCAUUAACAGUGAAACCAUAGAGGAUCUAACAGCUGGUGUGAGCGAGCUAAAUUUGCCUCAAGAGAAAACCACCGAGGAGACCGAGGAGAAGGAACAUCAACAUUUGUCUACUGAAGAAAUUGACCAUCUCUUGGAUAUAUGCCUUCUGCAAGCAUUACACACGAGCGUAAAAGAUAAAGACCUCCCAAUCCCAGGAAGUAUAUUGUGGUCAAAUCACAUACUCCCAUGCAGACCUCCAGGUGUUACCCUUGAUAUUAAGAAGUCAUCACAUAAAAAGCUAUCCAAGUGGCUGCAGUCAAAAUCUUCUUCUGGCCUUAUCUCAACAAAAGAGGACAAGCAUAAAAAGGAAGUCAUGUUGAUAGGUAUUAAUCGCAAACAUCCAGACUACACGGCCUUCAAACAUCAAAAGAAGGUACAGGAGCCAGUUGAACAGCAUGAUAACAUUGUUGGCGAAGGCAGCAGUACAAAGCAACUGGAAGUGGAUGAAAUUUAUAAGUCAAGUUCGCAUGUCAACCCCAUAUUUUUGGCUGUUGACGCUGACACAGGGAAGUAUUACAGUGCAUCAGAGGUGUUUGAUGUGGUUUUCAGGUAUGUGGAGAAGGAAAAUUUGGUCAAGCAAACAGAUAAGGCCAAAGUAAUUCUGGAUGCUACAUUAUGUGAUGCUCUGUACAAAGGAGCUGUCAAGAAGGGUUCAGCAUACCCAAGUGAGAUACACAAGAAGGAUUUAGGGUCAACAUUUAUUAACCGUAUGCAAAUUCAUCAUAGAGUAGCUAGAGGAAAUGAGGUGGUCAUUCGCAAGGGCGCCAUACGUACUGUUCAAAUCAUGACAGAAAGAAGACAAGGGAACAAGAAGAUGACCCGAGUCUCUGGAUUGGAAUGCUUUUUGCUGGAUGCCGACUCCUUGGCUUCUGAACUACAAAAGAAAUUUGCUUGCAGCACCACCACAGCUGAGCUUCCCGGUAAAAAGGGGCAACAUGAGGUCUUGAUUCAAGGCGGAGUCAUUGAAAACCUUGCAAAACACCUCGUUGACCAUCAUGGUGUUCCCAAGAGAUAUAUUGAGGUUUAUGACAAAACAAAGAAGUAGGAGGGGGUGUUGACUCCUAGGAGUGCCAACAUAACAUUGUUGAUUUCUGGUUCAGGCUUGUUGCGAAAAUGUGAAAUGUUCUCUCAAUGCGCUACUCGCGAUUGUUGUCACUACCCACUGAACAAUAUGGUGUUUGCUUAGAUAGUGAGGCUUUUGGUGUGGCCUUGAGUUUUGUAUUCGUGAACUAAUUGUGACAUCAAAACAGACCCCUUUCUGUUUACCGUUGAUAAUGAUAUGGUGACAAUA